AUGAACCUGCUGAAUGACGGAGCCUACGAUGACAUCAAAAAUGUGAAAUGCCAGUAUAAAAUUAUUUCUCCUGACAACCCUGUCAUUGGAGUCAUUGGAAAAGGAGUCAUCUUGCCCUGUCAGCUGAAAGUUAAUAUAAUCCCUGAGAGACUUUCCGUUCAGUGGAUAUUUACUGGUGACUCCCCAAAAAUUGACGUUACCACUUAUGACGGAAAAAACACAUACAAUCCAGUUCGUGAGGAUUACGCAUACCAGGGGAGGACAAAUUUUUUUCAGUCUGAAUUUAAGAAGGGAAACUUGUCUCUUCACCUGAAAAAUGUCGUGCUCUCGGACAAAGGGAAAUACACCUGCAGUGUCUUUUAUGAGAAUUGGUAUGACGAGGUGGUGGUUGACCUGCAUGUGGCAGCUAAAAGUGAUGAGUCUUCAGUUUUCCUGGAUGGUCAUGUGGGUCAGGGCAUCAGCCUCACCUGCAAAUCACAGGGAUGGUUUCCAGAGCCCCAGAUAGUUUGGCUGAACAGCACAGGACAGACACGGAAGGAAAAAGUGACCACCCAGGCCAUGAAGACUUCUUCGGGUGUUUUUGAUGUUGUAAGUUCUAUGACUCUCGAGCCAGGAUCUGACAAGGAGGUCUCCUGCAGAGUAGUCAAUAACCUACUCAACGCCAUGUGUGAAUCCCGAGUCCUGAUUUCAGAUUUCUGGGAAGCCAGAAGCCAUGCAGUUCCCAUUACUGUGAAUGCUGACUGCCAAGUCCUGGAGCUCCAGGUGCCAGGGGCUCCAGAUGUGGGGAGCAACACGUCUGAACCUGCUGUCCCGAAUGCUGCCUCCACGGUUCCUGUCCUGGUGGGGAAGGCAGGGUUCUCAGCUGGGAAACACUACUGGGAGGUGGACGUGGGCCAGCAGCAGGACUGGGUGCUGGGGGUGCUGAGGAAGACAGGGAGACCGAAGGAGGAAGAGUUCCUUCCUGGGGAGCACUACUGGGCUCUGCACAGAUCCCAGGGAGACAUUUUCUCUAGCGAAGGAGACCACCGGAUUGCGAAGCAGCAGAUGAGUGAUUCAGUGAUUGGUGUGCAUGUGGAGUUGGAGAAAGGGCAAGUGAGCUUUUAUGAAGCAAAGCAGAUGGGCAUCAUGGGCACCUUCAAGAGACGACAGCCCAAGUGA